AUGCCAGCAAGAAUAACAACCGCUGAUAAUCGCAUAGCAUCAGGCAAAAUCUUAACGGAUUUAAACAACUUUAUAGCUGAUGAAAAACAAGAGAAUCUCAUCUUAUACGAACUUGAAUUUAAUAAAAUAGAUGAUCCAAAUGAAAAGUUCAAAUCUGAAGUUAGAAAACAAGGCAAAUGUGCAUUUCGACCAUGGUGUAUAGUUUUAUCUGCUAAUUUAGUUAUAGUAACAGUAAUUCUUUUACUUCUUUAUAUGACGUUAACAGAAGUUGGACCAUUACCUCCUUAUCGAUUAUAUCAACAAUCUUGUUCAGCUGUUAAAUGUGAUAAUUCAAAAGGUUUAUCAUGUAUCAAUGGGAUUUGUCAAUGUCCAUCCGGAAGAUGGUAUUGGUUUAAUAAGACAAAAUGUCGUGAAUGUCCAACUUCGUGGAACAUAAUUUCAAAUAACUGUUAUUAUAUUUCAAUAAUUCGUUUAAACUAUACAGAUGCUAUUCAGUGGUGUUCAUCGAGUAAUAGUCGAUUAUUAGUGAUAGAAGAUCAAACAAAAUUUGUCACAUUACAAUCGCUAACAGCAUUUCAAUUCAAUGUGGGCGAUUUAUACUGGAUAGGACUAAGUGAAACUGGACAAUUAACAUAUAUUUAUCAAUGGAUAACAGGUGUAUCAUUUCCUGCAUCAAAUAAUGGUUGGUUUUGUUCUGGUCAACCUCUAAAUUCUUACAAUUAUUAUUUUCGUCUAUAUGACCAGUGUAUAACAUUAUAUGUUCAAACAUUCAUUUCAACAUGUUUUCAAGAUCAUUCAUGCCCAGAUGCCAAGCAGUUUAUUUGUGAAUUAAAUUGA